UGCGAACAGCUGCGAAGAGCUUAAAGAGCCGAACAAUAAAAAAAUUUCUUAAAACAAUUUCUGUUUACAAAUCUCAUUCGAGGUUUUUUUACACCUGUUUACCAAAAUUUAUUUCUGCUUGGGUGUUGAAUAAAAAUUGUCAAAAUAGCGUCUUCAAGUGAAAUGACACCUAAACAAAAGUUCGCCGAAGGCGAAAAGGUGUUGUGUUUUCAUGGACCUUUAAUAUAUGAGGCGAAGGCAUUAAAGAGCACCAUAACUAAGGACAAACAAAUUAAAUAUUACAUUCAUUAUGCCGGCUGGAACAAAAAUUGGGACGAAUGGGUGCCAGAAAAUCGUGUAUUAAAAUAUAAUGAAGCAAAUGUACAAAGGCAAAAGGACGUUUUCAAGCAACAUAGUUCAACAGCGGGAAAAAAUAAGAAAGGUACUCCCAAAGCAAAAAAGAGUGAGGGCAACAGCUCCGCUACAAAAGAUAGCGGAGCUAGCAGCGGCGGCAGUGAAUCUCGAGCUUCUACACCUUCUAGAGAAAUUAGUAGCGCAUUGGCGGCGCCUGCGCCUACUUCUGGCAGCCGCGGCAAUCGCUCGAAACAAGCGAUCACUUGCACGGAUAUCCUUGCUAAAAAGGAAGAUUCAAAAACCGAGGAUUCGGCUAAGGAAGACAAAGAUGAUUCAUCCAACAAAAAGAAACGUGGGGGAUCGAAUCAAAAUAUUAGUGAUAAACCUAACAGCUCAGUAAUUAAUCCUAAUCCUAAUCCUGUUGCAGGCACCAAUAUUAGCAGUACGAUUUCAAGCGCAAUGCCCUCCACAGCACCGAAUAACAAUCGUUUCGAUUCAUGCGUUGAGAGUGAAGAGAGUUUUCUCUCCAAGAUAGAGGUGAAAAUUAAGAUGCCAGAUGAACUUAAGCAGUGCUUGGCGGAUGAUUGGGACGCCAUUACUAGGCAGCAUAAGCUUUUAGAUUUACCUGCGAAAAAUACUGUGCAAGAUAUUGUCGAUCAAUAUGUAGCUUUCAAAAAAUUGGCCAAGUCUACUAGCGCGUCCAAAGAGUUGGCCAUCACCGAUGUUCUAAACGGUGUUAUAGAAUAUUUUAAUGUAAUGCUCGGAUCUCAAUUACUUUAUAAAUUUGAGAGGCCCCAGUAUGCUGACAUCUUACAACAACAUCCUGAAACACCGCUCUCAAAAUUAUACGGUGCAUUUCAUUUGUUGCGUUUGUUUGUUAAACUGGGCUCAAUGUUGGGCUAUUCAGCUCUGGAUGAGAAAUCGAUGCAAAUGCUUUUGGCACAUUUGCAUGAUUUUCUCAAAUUCUUGGUCAAAAAUAGCGCUAUUUACUUUAGCAUGUCCAAUUUUGUCAAUGUAAGUCCGGAAUAUCAUCGCCACACUCAAUGAUUCUCGGGUGAAGAAAAUUAUUUAAUUUAUAACUUUUCUUCUGUAAUGUUUAAAUCCUCUGUAGCAUUUGGCAAUGUUUGGAAUAUCCAUUAUUUAAUAUUAAAU